CUCUGGAAUUUUCUAGAACCCUAGCACGAUUCCCAAAACCCAAAGCUCCUCCUCAUCCUCUUCCAUGGCGAUGGCGUCCGCGCUCCCGCUCCUCCUCGUGCCCCGCCCCAUCGUCUCUCCGAGACCCGCUGCAGCGGGCCGCUUCCUUUCCCUCUCCGCUCCCCUGUCCACCGCCGCUCCCGCCCCUGCCCCCGUCGAGCCCCUGAAGGGCGGCGGCCGCCUCGCGCGGCUCCAGACUCUCCACGCAGCCUCCUGCUGCAACUCCGCCCCCGCAGCAGCAUCUGGAGGAGUGGAGGCGGCCCGGGCGAAGGGCUUGCAGCUCGUGGCCUGGUACCUUCUGUCUCUUGACAAGCAUCCGGUGGCGACCAAGGCUGUCACUUCUGCUGUGCUGACUCUGGCCGGGGACCUCAUCUGCCAGCUUGUAAUUGAUAAAGUGCCAGAGCUAGACCUGAAGAGAACAUUUGUGUUCACGUUAUUGGGACUUGUCCUGGUGGGGCCAACGUUGCAUUUCUGGUACUUGUAUUUGAGUAAAUUAGUGACGAUCAGCGGGACAUCUGGUGUCAUUUCUCGCCUGUUACUUGACCAGUUCAUCUUCUCUCCUGUUUUCAUUGGUGUCUUCAUGAGCUUACUCGUAACCUUGGAGGGAAAGCCAUCUCUUGUAGUGCCAAAGCUUAAGCAGGAGUGGUUCUCUUCAUUGAUCGCGAAUUGGCAAUUGUGGAUACCGUUCCAGUUUUUUAAUUUCUAUUUUGUCCCACAGAAGCUCCAGGUUCUUGCUGCUAAUUUUGUAGCCCUUGCAUGGAACGUGAUUUUGUCAUAUAAAGCUCAUAAGAAGGUUAUCGCGGAGUAGUCAAAUAGGUGAGAGAGUAGACUCUAGGGCGGGGUAUCUAAGCCGGUUGCAACAUGUGGCGAUGUAAGGCUGGAAGAAUAAACCUAUUAUCAGUUAUCCUGGCGUCUCGUCUGUGUUACCCAACCGAUGAAACGCCUGCCUAGUAUUGUAAAUUAACGUCCAUCUUGUCUGUCGAGUGCAGCCCGCGAUGCCAGUUAAUCAUGCGUUGUACAAUCUGUAUAACCGUUUGUGAUGGGAGGUUGUUCUUGGUUUCCGAAGAAUUACAUAAUGUAAAAUUCUGGGGUUCCUAGCAAAUCAAAACUCAGGCCCCGGGGGUGUUAUUGGCA